UUUCUUUUCUGAGUGAAGUAGAUAGCUUAUUUUCGAAAUGAAAACGUGGUUUAUACCGCCAUCUACAAUGACGAGAAAAUACAUCAUUCAACGUUACUCGAGUGACGCGAGUUUCUUCCUCUAUUCAAACUUGUCGAUGAACAUUACCGGUGCUGACAGCGAGUUGUUUGUAAUAUUAUUAUACUAGUCUUAUCAUGAAGCUAGUGAGAUUUUUGAUGAAACUCAGUCAUGAGACUGUGACAAUAGAACUAAAAAAUGGUACCCAAGUCACCGGUACAAUUACAGGUGUAGAUGUGGCAAUGAACACACAUUUGAAAACAGUGAAAAUGACAAUAAAGAAUCGUGACCCGAUACAAUUGGAAACCCUAAGCUUACGAGGGAACAAUAUUAGGUAUUACAUUCUGCCGGAUUCUCUUCCUUUAGAAACAUUGCUGAUAGACGACACACCAAAAGCUAAGGCUAAGAAGAAAGAAGCUGCAAGAGGUGCGGCACGUGGCAGAGGACGUGGCGCUAGAGGUGGUAGAGGUGGCAGGGGUGGCCGUGGUAGAGGGAGAGGCAGGCGAUAGUAACAUUAAAUUACAUAAUAAAUAUAUUUUUCAAGUAUUUAA